AUCCGCCAACAGAUUACACCAAACGUAAGACGAUAUUUCAAUUGAAAAUUCAAAGAAAAGCGGUAAUCAUUGAUUCAUCUAUUUAUUUAAUACAAAUCGACGCCGGACAACCUAAUAAAGUUAUAAAACAAAAUUAAAGUAGUUGUGGUCUUAGCCCAUUUUACCGAUGAUGAUCAUCUGGUGCUAACACUCGUCGUUAAUAAAUAACAGUUACGGUUCUCUGUGUAUCAUCAUCAUGGCGCCAACAAGUCAGGUAUUGGUUAAACAGACAUCAAAUGUGAGAACCAUCAUAUUAAACAACCCUCAGCAACUAAACGCGCUUACCCCUGAAAUGGCAUCCCAGAUCUUGGAACUCUUAAAUACCUAUGAAGAGGAUCCCAGUGUCAAGCUGGUAAUUGUAAAGGGUGAAGGAAAGGCCUUUUGUGCUGGUGGUGCUGUUUCAGUUUUUCUUAAUGUUAGCUGGAAAGAAGCUGCAACUGUAUUCUAUACGGCAUAUACAUUGGAUUAUCUGAUUGCAACUUACGCCAAAACCCAGGUAUCACUUAUUAGAGGAAUUGUUAUGGGAGGUGGUGCAGCCUUUGCAGUACAUGGUAGAUUUCGAGUUGUUACAGAUGAUACGGUUUUUGCAAUGCCAGAGACUGCAUUAGGGUUAUUCCCAGAUGUAGGUGCCUCUUAUUACUUAUCAAGACUGCCUGGAUUCUUCGGGGAAUAUGUGGGUCUUACGGGUGCGAGAUUGGAUGGUGCUGAAAUGCUUGCAUGUGGUCUUGCAACCCACUUUAUCCCGUUAGAGAAAUUUUCCGCAUUAGAAGAUGCAUUAUGCAAAGCAAAUACGGGCGAUCCAAAAAUCAUCAACAAUAUUAUACAUGACUUCUCGAACAAAAAUCCUAAGUUAAAAGAAAAGAGUCAAUUUUUCCGGUUAAAAACCAUUAAUAGUUGUUUCUCUCGCAGAACUGUUGAGGAGAUUAUCUCUGCACUUGAGGAAGAGGCUGAUAAAAACAAGGAUGACUGGAUCUCAUGGACUAUCAAAACCUUAAAGAAAGCAUCACCAACAAGUCUCAAAAUUUCUCUUCGCUCUAUUAGAACUGGGAGACUUCAAGGCGUGGGUCAAUGUCUUAUUCGUGAAUACAGAAUGAGUUGUACCGUCAUACGAGGAAAAGUCUGCAGGGAUUUCUUUGAGGGAUGUAGGGCGUUGCUGGUCGAUAAAGAUAAAAAUCCGAAGUGGGAACCUUCAAAACUGGAGCUUGUGAGCAAGCAGAUGGUUGACUCUUACUUUGCACCACUUGAUGAUGAAGAUUGGGAAGACAUCAAACUCCCUGUUAGGCCAAACUUAACUUCUUAUGUCAUUUGUAAGCUGUGAGGGAAACCUGUGAUCUACCUUAUGAUGUUAGUAGCUCUAUAAUUAUGAUUAUUGAUGUCAAAAGGAUAAUCAGGUAAACUUCCUUUUGACAUGAUUCUCAUUGUAUUUGGAAUCUUUGGAAUCUGAUUUGUAUACACAUGUAUUUUAUCUACCAAAGGACUUUUAGCCUAGCGAUACUAAGGUGUGAA